AUGACAAGAAAAUACGAACUGUGUGACAUUUCACGGGUAUUUUUCCUCGUGAAAGUGGUCGGUGUGGUUUUUGUUCGGUGCUACAUCGUGAAGAACUUCAGUAUGUCCGCUAUGAUGAACCUUCUCCCCGAGGUCUACCAGACCUCCUCGGUCAGUGUAACAGAGGCGCUUGGUCUGAAAGAAGAAAGGAGAAUAGCGAAAUGUGGUUCGUGCCAGGUCGUUGUUGCUACAGAUGUGAAUGACCCAGCCAAGAAGAAGGCUUUGAAAAGACUCAUGUUUCUUGGGAAAGAACGUGAUUACCGUAAGAAGCAUUUCUAUUUCAGCAACGAGAUUCGAUUUCUCCAAAACGUACAACAUUCCAACAUCAUCCAGGUUGAAAAAGCGCUGGUAUGUCCGGGAGAGUUUGUCAUAAUGAUGGAAUACCACCCGAUCGACCUCUAUGGCGCUAUGCCUUGUCUCACGGACGCCGAGAUCACCAAGUACUUUACUCAGGUCGUAGACGCCUUGCUCUAUCUGCAUGACCGGCACAUCGUUCACGGAGACGUCAAACUUGAAAACAUGUUGAUAGACAUGCAAGGAAACGCAAAAUUAUGCGACUUCGGUAUGUCCCAGAUCGUUCCCAACUAG